AGCCAGUCUUUGCUCGAAGGGGGGCUCGACACAUGAACUCCCCCACAGCAGAACUGCCCGUGUCUCCUCCCUCCCUCGUUCUCGUAGAAGCCCGGUCCGGGUUACGUACACUCGGCUUAGACUUGCUUGGAAAUACACUACCCGGUUCCUGUUGUUGUGUCCGCCCGCAACUCGGCAAGUGGAUCCCGACAAGGAGCAGCAAGCUCGGAUACGGGAGCUACCAUCUGAGGAGGGGAACCAAGCGGUUUUGUGUGCCGCUACAAGGAUGCAAGCGUCAUUCUUCGUGUUGCUGUGCGUCUUGGCUGUGGCCACCAGCCAGGAACCUGACCACAGCCACGGCUGUGCCCAUGGCAGCUGUUACCCAGCAACGGGGGACCUUCUGGUCGGACGAGAGAAGAACCUGAAGGCCUCGUCCACAUGUGGGAUGAGGAGGAAGGAGCCCUACUGCAUCGUCAGUCACUUGCAGGACGAAAAGAAGUGUUUCGACUGUGAUUCACGGCGGCCUUACGACCCUGUCUACAACACCAUCAAUCACCGCAUGGAGAACGUGAUCACCACCUUCAAACCUCACCGCAAGAAGUCGUGGUGGCAGUCGGAGAAUGGAAAGUCAAACGUGUAUCUCCAGCUGGACCUGGAGGCGGAGUUUCAUUUCACUCACCUCAUCAUGACCUUCAAGACGUUCCGUCCAGCAGCCAUGUUGAUCGAGCGGUCUGCCGACUUUGGGCGGACCUGGCAGAUCUACCGCUACUUUUCCCACGACUGCGCCGCCAACUUUCCCGACGUACCACAGGGUCCUUUGCAUAGCAUCAACGAUGUCAUCUGUGAGACGCGUUACUCCGACAUUGAGCCGUCCACAGAGGGAGAGGUCAUCUACAGAGUGUUGGAUCCAGCUAUCAGGAUUGAAGAUCCAUAUAGUCCAAACAUCCAGAACCAGUUGAAAAUAACCAAUUUAAGGGUGAACUUCACCAAGCUUCACACACUGGGAGAUAACCUGCUGGACCCCAGACCUGAAAUCAAAGAGAAGUACUACUACGCCAUCUAUGAGCUGGUAGUACGUGGAAACUGCUUCUGCUACGGCCACGCCUCCGAGUGCGCCCCCAUCGACGGCAUCAGGGGUGAUAUAGAAGGCAUGGUUCAUGGCAAGUGUGUGUGCAACCACAACACCAAGGGUUUAAACUGUGAGCGCUGUGACGACUUCUACAAUGAGAUGCCGUGGAGACCUGCUGAGGGACGCAACACCAAUGCUUGCAAAAAGUGUAACUGCAAUAGCCACUCUUCAGUGUGCCAUUUUGACAUGGCGGUGUAUUUGGCCACUGGCAGCAUCAGCGGAGGAGUGUGCGAUGACUGUCAACACAACACAAUGGGAAGAAACUGUGAAACAUGUAAACCAUUUCACUACAAAGACCCCUUCAAAGACAUCCGUGACCCUCGAGUCUGCAUAUCUUGUGAUUGUGACCCAGACGGUUCGGAGAAUGGAGGCAUGUGCGAUAGCCACACAGAGCCGUCACUGGGCAUGGUGGCCGGUCAGUGUCGCUGCAAGGCCAACGUUGAGGGCCAACGCUGUGACAAAUGUAAGACAGGAUAUUUUGGCCUGAGUGCCGACAACCCUCAGGGCUGCCAACCUUGCCACUGUGACCACAGAGGAACGGUGUCAGGCAACACCCAGUGCGACCCCGUCAGUGGAGACUGCUUCUGCAAGCGUCUUGUUACCGGACGCAGCUGUGACCAAUGUCUGCCAGAACACUGGGGUCUGAGCCUGGACCUGAAUGGCUGCAGAGGCUGUGAAUGUGACAUCGGAGCAGCUUUGGAUAAUCAAUGCUUCAUGGAGAGUGGCCAGUGUCGCUGCCGUAGUCACAUGACAGGACGCCAAUGCACACAGGUGGAGUCUGGGUAUUUUUUCAUGGCUCUUGACCACUUUUUAUAUGAAGCUGAGUUGGCCAAAAUGGGUCAGGGCUGCACACUGGAGACCAGGGAGCAUCAGGCAGGCCGCCCAGCUACAUGGACAGCUUCUGGGUUUGCUCGAGUACCAGAAGGAGGCACUUUGGAUUUCCUCAUUAAUAACAUUGCUUAUUCCAUGGAAUACGACCUACUCAUCCGCUAUGAAUCACAGAUGCCAAGAGACUGGGAAGAGGUACGGAUAACCGUAAUUCGACCGGGACCAAUCCCCACCAGCAGCCCUUGUGGGAACACUAUUCCCGAUGACGACAAACUUGUUGUGUCCCUGCCGGCUGGAGCAAGAUUCGUGGUCCCUUCUCAGACUGUCUGUCUGGAGAGAGGCGUGACCUAUACCAUCCGUUUUGACUUCAGACGUUAUCAGGACGCCAACAAUGUCCUUAACGGAGCGGCCAACGCUGUCCUCCUGGUGGACUCUAUUGCCUUGAUGCCUCGCCAUUCCUCUUUGGAGAUGUUCAACGCCGGGGAUCUGGCAUCUAACACAAGAAAGCAGAUGUACGAGCGGUAUCGCUGUCACGAGGGGGCCAAGAGUGUGACUCGCCCCUCCAUGAGCGACACCUGCGCUAAGUUGAUCACUAGCAUGUCGGCUGUUAUUAACGACGGAGCUUUGCCCUGUAACUGCCACCCACAGGGAUCCAUUAGCUCUGUGUGCGAUGUCCGCGGAGGUCAGUGUCGCUGCAGACCCAAUGUCAUCGGUUUACGCUGCGAGCAGUGUGCCUUUGGGACGUACGGUUUUGGACCCUCAGGCUGCAUUGCCUGUGGUUGCAGCCUGGAAGGUUCGGUGACCAGACUGUGUGACACGUACACGGGACAGUGCCAGUGUCGCCCCGGAGCGUUUGGGCAACAGUGUGACAGAUGCCAAGCGGGUCACUGGGGCUUCCCUAACUGCCGACCUUGCCAGUGCAACGGCCACGCUGAUGAGUGCGACCAGAGGAGCGGCGCUUGCGUUAACUGCAGGGACAACACUGGAGGAGACAAAUGUGACAGGUGUGCUAACGGUUACUAUGGUAACCCAAUUCUGGGAGUAGCACCUGGUGGCAGUAGCUCGUGUCGCCCGUGCCCCUGUCCGGACAGCCCCACCAGCGGGCGCCAUUUUGCUGCUUCUUGUUACCAAGACAACCGCAACCGGCAAAUUGUCUGCAACUGUAAGCAGGGAUACACAGGGAUUGUUAAACGCUCCAGGUUGACCAUUUGUAAGCGUGCCCGGUGUGAGGAAUGUGCCCCCGGUCACUAUGGCAACCCCUCCCAGCCCGGUGGGCGCUGUCAGCCGUGCCAGUGCAACAACAACAUAGACAUGUCAGAUGCGGACUCGUGCGACAGGCGCACCGGAGACUGCAGGAAGUGCCUUUACAACACAGAAGGACCCGAUUGCGGCAUCUGUAGAAGCGGCUAUUUUGGAGACGCUUCCAGGCGCAACUGCAGAAAAUGCAUCUGUAAUUUCCUUGGCACGGACCGGAGCCAGUGUAUGGAUCGGGAAGACUGUGUGUGCCAGCGAUCCACAGGCCAAUGCCAGUGUCUCCCAAACGUAAUUGGGCUGACAUGUGACCACUGCGCCCCUGGACACUGGAACCUGGCUAGCGGCAAAGGCUGUGAUCAAUGUGGCUGUGACCCCCACAACUCACUCACAUCGUUGUGUAACGAGUUUAGUGGCAAGUGUCAAUGCCGUGAUGGAUUCGGUGGGAAGACGUGCACGGACUGUCAAGAGAACUACUGGGGAGACCCCAGGACACAGUGCAGAGCUUGUGACUGCGACUGGCGAGGCAUCGAGACGUCUCAGUGCAACCGCGUGACAGGUCACUGCGUCUGCCAGCAGGGGGUGUCAGGGGUCCGCUGUGACCAGUGUGCCCGAGGGUUCUCCGGCAUCUUCCCCAACUGCCAGCCCUGCCAUCAGUGCUUUGGGGACUGGGAUCGCAUCGUCCAGGACUUGGCGGUGCGAACAAGAUCUCUGGCCGAGCGCGCCCAUGAGAUUCAAACCACCGGGCUGACUGGAGUCUAUGAAAAAGCUUUCAGGGAUCUGGAGGAGAAACUGGCCCAAGCUCAAGGAAUCGUCAACUCACGGAAUGCAACUGCUGCUGCCAUUACUACUCUGAUGGAGCUUAUUGAAGAGCUCAGAACUCAGGUGGGCGACACCACUGACACACUGAACCGUCUGGAAGGAGAUCUGACCGCCGUCCAGGACAGCAACUCGGAAGCAAGCAAGGAUCUGAGUUCAUUAGAGCGAGAAGCCAAAGAAUUGAACCUGACUUCAGAGCAGCUGCAUCACCAGCUGGAUAUUCUCAAGAACUCUAAUUUCCUUGGUGCGUAUGACAGCAUUCGUACGUCUUACAACACGUCUCGGCAUGCGGAGCGGCGCGCCAACGAGUCGACGGUGACCAGGCCCAGCACAGUCAGCCUCUCGGCGGACACCCGCCGUCGCGCUGAGCGCAUCAUUGCUUCCAAGAAGGAUGACUUUAAUCGCAAAAAUGGUGGCAACAAGCGUUCGCUGAGCGAGCUCAAGACCAAAGUGAACGGUCUGGACAUGCAGAAGAUCAACGAGAAGGUGUGCGGUGCUACCGGUGACGCUCCCUGUGAAGAGAGCCCCUGCGGUGGCAUAGGUUGCCGUGACGAUGAGGGAAAGCGUCACUGCGGCGGCCUGAACUGUAACGGCGCUGUAGCGGCGGCCGAUAACGCCCUGGAGAGAGCCAAACAUGCCGAUAAGCAGCUGAACAAAGCCAUGGGAGAAGUGGAGGGGCUCUUCAUCAAGGUGGCGGAGGCAAAGACCAAAGCGGAGGAGGCCAAGGGUAAAGCUCAAGCAGCUCUGGACAAAGCGAAAGUCACUAAAAACAAAGUAGAACGCUCCAACAACGACUUAAGAGACCUCAUCAAGCAGAUCAGGGACUUCCUCAUGCAGGAUGGGGCGGACCCUGACCACAUCGAGGCGGUGGCAAACCGCGUGUUGGAGCUGUCCAUCCCAGCUUCUCCGCUCCAAAUCAGACAGCUGGCAGACGAGAUCAAGGAACGCGUUCAAAGCCUCUCCAAUGUGGACGCCAUCUUGGCGCAGACGCAAGAUGAUGUGCGCAAGGCGGAAAAACUGCUGCUGGAUGCCAAGAGGGCGAGGCAUCAUGCUGAAGGCGUGAAGACCACAGCAGAGACGGUGAAGCAGGCCUUGGUGGAUGCCAAGACUGCUCAGACAUCUGCAGAAAAGGCAAUCGCCAGAGCCAGAGUUGACAUCGAUGACACAGAGACUCGCUUGGCACAGAUUGAAUCAGAGACAUCGAACGGUGAGAGGGAACUUAGCGAGGCCAUGGUGCGUCUGGGCACGUUGGGCCGAGAGAUCAGUGUGCUGAAGACCAAGCGUGCCAACAACAGCAUGGCAGCAGCCCGGGCCGAAGAGACGGCCACCAUGGCCAGAGACAAAGCAAACGAAGCCAAGCAGAUUCUAGACGGGCAGCUGACAGAUAAGUAUCAUGAGGUGAAGCAGCGAGUCAGCACCAAGGCCAAAGCUGUACAAGAUGCAAAGACUAAAGCAGAGAUGCUUCGGGAUGAAGCAAAACAGCUCCUGCAGGACGCCCAGAAUAAGCUAAAGAGACUAGCAGAGCUGGAAAAGAACUAUGAGGAGAACCAGAGAAGGCUGGAAGGGAAAGCACGUCAGCUGGAUGGCUUGGAAGACAAGAUGAAAGCCAUCCUCAAUGACAUUAACAAACAGAUCCAGAUCUACAACACAUGCCAGUAGUAGUACAGUGAAGUACUACUACUGCACUACUACUGUACUGCAUGAAGAACAUUUCAUAAGAGGAACAUACUGAUAAAAGGUGAAUGUAUGCAAGUUGUAUUGCUUAUCAGUGGAAUUGUAAAUGUGUGUACUGUACUAUCAAAAAUAUAUGUAUAAUUUAAUUUACAGACGUCAACAUGUCCAAAUAUAUUCGUGCAAAGAAACCACUGUUACACUAUAAUAAUAGUUUUUUUUUAUUUUAUUUUACGUAUUUAAAGGAAACAAAAGAGACCAGGUUCAUUUUUUCAAUUUCCUAACAAAGCUAUGCCAAAGAAGCUAAGAAUAACCAAACAUUUUCACCUAGCUGGAGUUUUACAAUAUGAAGGAAUGUUAUGGCCGCAUUGAAAAGAAAUAAAUAGUCGUCCCUCACUACAUUGCGGUUUUUGUUAAAAAAAAAAAUUACGCUUCAUGAAAUACCACUUCCACACAUAAUGAGAGGAGAAGUUAAGUAUUUUUGGCUACUUUGUCCUUCUUCCUCACUCCAUUUGAAAGGAGAGGCUAUGCUAGGAGCAGCGAUCCCGUAACAUGAGCAAUAUCGAUGUAAACAAAGAAUAAUAACAGUGUGAAAAAGUGAUUGUAGAGGUGUUAUUUCAUGUCUUCAGGGCUCUAAUAAUGUUAAAAGUUCUGGAACCAAUUAACCACGAUAAAUGAGGGAUGGCUGUAAUAGGAUGAAUUACUAUUAAUAUAAAUUAUAUAAUUUUACAAUAUUUGUUUUUAAUGAAAAUACUAAAUACUAAUAAAAGUUAUUUAAAUAAUGUUUUUCUAAAAAAAACAAAUAUUCUUAUACUAUUACUUUAUAUUCGCAGAAUUUGUAUAUUUUUUCCUUGUCUGUGUGACCUUUUGUUUUUACAAAAUGACAAAGAAAAUAAAAGUGCCCAUACAAUACUGUACUGCUUAUUAUAUUACAGUGCCUUAUUUUGUUGGGUUGGCCGAUAUGGACCUUAGCAUAUAUCAUAUAAUAUAUCGUAUAAUGACAAUUUAAAAGGACAUAUAAUUUAAUCAUCAUCAUUGAUUGUAAUUCUCCUUGAGCUUAAGUUCAUGUUGAUGAAGAAAAUAAAA